UUCACAUCCCUACAUCGGGCGAACAUAUAUAUUAUAUUCCUUGCUGAUCCGAUCCGAUUCCCACUGCAACGCACUGCCAAAGAGAAAGAGACAUGACUGAUCCCAGCAAGCUAUCGGUGGCCGUGGUCUGCUCCUCGAACAUGAACCGCUCCAUGGAGGCGCACAACUUCCUGGCCAAGAAGGGCUUCAACGUGCGCUCCUACGGAACCGGCGAGCGCGUCAAGCUGCCCGGCAUGGCGUUCGACAAGCCGAAUGUCUACGAGUUCGGCACCAGCUACGAGGACAUCUACCGCGACCUGGAGGCGAAGGACAAGGAGUUUUACACACAGAAUGGCCUGCUGCACAUGCUGGACCGCAAUCGGCGCAUCAAGAAGUGUCCAGAGCGAUUCCAGGAGACCAAGGAGCAGUUCGACAUCAUCGUCACCGUGGAGGAGCGCGUCUACGACCUGGUGGUGCUCCACAUGGAGUCCAUGGACUCUGUGGACAACCGGCCCGUGCACGUCCUCAACGUGGAUGUGGUGGACAACGCAGAGGAUGCACUGAUGGGCGCCUUCCUCAUCACGGAUAUGAUCAACUUGAUGGCCAAGUCCAUGGACCUGGACAACGAUAUCGACGAAAUGAUCCAGGAGUUCGAGGAGCGGCGCAACCGGGUCAUCCUGCACUCGGUGCUCUUCUACUGACGACCGACGUCCCUCAACCGUUCGUGUCCAGCUCCAGCACCAGCACCAACACCAGAAUCCGAGUCCCGCAGACUCCCUGUGCUUCAGCCGGGUGAUUCGCUCUCGUCCCUUAGGGGCUGGGAUCAUAGAGCGUAGAACUUGGGAGGAAGGGCUGCGCAAUCCGGAUCCCGGACUGGGAGCCUAGCAUACAUAUAAGAAACUUGUAAAUAGAGAGGGGCCAUCGCUGCAGCGAAAACACACACGCAACACCCAAACCCAAGCAUGCACAUCGUCAUCCGCAUUCGCAUCCGCAUCCGAGUCAAAAUCCACAGUACACCUGCAAGCAAUAUGAAAUCAACACCCAACCAUUGGCGGCUCCCAAACCCAUCGUAUGUAGUAUGUGUACGUGUCCGUAUAUUCCUUGUAGUUCCGGCCGUAGUGCCGCGAUCUCGUUCUGCUCGUCGACUCUAGGUUUUAUCACUGGCUUUCGUGAUCCGUUCCCCCAGCUGGCAAUGGCCAGCCCGUAUGCCCGCGCUCUUCUCUGCCCGAUGACGAUUCAGAUUCCGAUUCCGAUUCAUACGUAUAUGUAAACAGCAAACUCGCCUCACACGAGACCGUGCGUGUGCGUGUGUGAAUGAGCAUGCACAGCAGAGAGCCAGCCAGGGGCGGAUCGGAUUGGAUUGGGGGUCGGUGAUCACGGAAGGGCCCGUAGUUUUUUAUUCAUACAUAGUUUUACAAAUCGUUCGGACAGGGCUACCCGCCUGCCAUUCUCAUAGCCUAAUUUGGUAACUGGAGACCGCUGAGGCCUAUGUGCUGUACGUUUUAAACAAUGGCCAAAGGCCCGCAGCGGGCGCUUAUACACAAAACUAAAUAAAACCCAAGGAAGAGUUGACUACUUGGAUUGUGUUCACUAAUCAUCAUUGGAAUAAAAAUCGUACGCCAGUAAAGGCGGGUUCUUGUUGACAUUUUAAA